UACCUUAGCGAGCUAUCGUAGCUAGGUUUGGACUUUACGCACAAACUAAAGAGACUAAAGAAUUAUUAUAUAAAAAUCACGCGGCCCCAAUCCUCUUCCGUGUGUGAUUAAUUAAUCAAUUAAUUAGUAUUAAGUAAUUAAUUUCCACACUUUCAGUAAAUGGUGUGAAUAUUUCUUCCACUUCUGCUGAAGAAAAACAGGACAAAACGUGUAAAUAGUCUUAACGUGACCAUCAGUUGUGUUUAAUGAACUGACAGGACUUGAGUGAACUUACUCCUUCACAUUCCCACCUCUCUCGGGAGGCAGCCGCGGUGAGUGUCUCGUAUAUAAAGCCAGAGGCAGCAGAGGAGCAGAGGAGCAGAGGAGGGAUCUCCUGGAAACAUCUGGACACAGCCGCUGCGCACAGACUGGAGGAUGCGCGUCUUCGCUCUCAUCUGGACACUCGGCUUCCUGCUGAAGGAGGCGCAGGCAUGGGGCUACAAAAACGGAAUAUUUCACAACUCGAUAUGGCUGGAACAGGCAGCUGGAGUUUACCACCGGGAAUCUCGCAAAGGGAGAUACCAGCUGACGUAUAAAGAGGCCAAGGCGGUCUGCAAGUACGAGGGAGGGAAGCUGGCCACUUACGAACAACUGGAGGCGGCUCGGCAAAUAGGUUUCCACGUGUGUGCGGCUGGAUGGUUCGACAGAGGGCGUGUUGGUUACCCCAUCGUCAAAGCUGGGGCGAACUGCGGCUUCGGGAAGGUUGGCAUCAUCGACUACGGUUACAGGCUGAACAAAAGCGAGAAGUGGGACGUGUACUGCUACAACCCCAACUCCAAGGAGUGUGGCGGCGUGCUGACAGAUCAGAAGAAGAUCAUUCAGUCCCCAGGUUUCCCUGAGGAGUACCAGGACGAGCAGAUCUGCUACUGGCACAUCCGCGUCCGCCUGGGCCAGAGGAUCCGCCUCCGCUUCCUGGAGUUUGACGUGGAGGACGACAUGGCGUGCAUUGCAGAUUACCUGGAGGUGUACGACAGCUACGAUGAUGUCUCUGGUUUUGCUGGGAGGUUCUGUGGCGAUUAUUUACCUGACGAUAUCAUCAGCACAGGAAACGUGAUGACGUUAAAGUUCCUCUCCGACGCUUCAGUCACAGCCGGCGGCUUCCAGCUACAAUACACUACCUUUAACGCAUCUCUGUUCCCACACAAUUACACCCACUAUUUUCACUGACUAAUGGUUUAACACACUGAUGUCAUCCUGUUGCUGUAUUUAUAAUGUUAUUGGUUACCUCGUGUACUGUAAUAAAUGAGUGUUUAUAGCUCAUUAAAGGAAUCAUUCUGUCAAAUAAACAAGGUCGUUAAA